CUUGAUUUUCCGAUACUUGGCUGUGGGAGUAAUUGAUUAUCGGUGUCCUGGCGUUCAAGGUAUCCUGCGUCUUGGGCAGAUCCCGCCGACCUUUGCCCCUUUGCCCCUAGUCGACUUUAAGUACGACGCAGACGCGAGAUGGGUGAUGUUCGAUCUUACGAAACGAGCCCCAGCUGGUUCCAGCGGUUUUCCGAUUACAUGCGCAACGAUACCAAGGGAGUGGAGAUCAUCAGCUACUCCUUGUCGGGAAUUUUGUUCGUGGUCGCCUACAGAAAAAUCCGUCCUUUCACACGCUUCGGUAAGGCCUCGGAUAUCCCGCAACACUUUAUCCGACAACAGAUCCGACAGUAUGGGCGAGUCGACAAGAUAGAGCCCUCGUUACAGCACGGUCCUCUGCUUAUCGUACGGCAUCGUCCCCCGGCGAAUAUCCUGUUCUGGUCGAGAAAAACGAUCCCGAUCAAGGUGAACGGUAUCGAUGUGAACGCCAACGGGUACUCCUGGCUGGAAUCCGUUGUGUCCGGCAACGAGAUCUGCUUCAUACCGAUGGUGGCCUCAUCUACCAACGAGCAUGCCGAAUGUCGUGUCCUGCUCACCCAACCGAAACGAACGGUAGACGUCGGAGAUGCACUCCUAUCGCUGGGAUUUGCUAAACUGACCGUUUCCGUCCCGAAAUCCGUCCUAAACCGUAAGGACCCAUACGAAGCGCAGCUACACCAGUACUACCGCUCACUAGCACAAUCGGAACGGUACGCCAAGUAUCGCCGGAAUGGGCUUUGGCAACACAAUCUGCCUCCCCGUGUCUGGCCACUUUCUCUGUGGCCAGCGGUGUGGGAUAAGCUCGUAUACUCCAAACGAUUACCGGUGCUGGUGCGAUAGGCGCCGGAGGCCGUUCGUUUGUUUGUUUUUCGGUAGCGAAAAGUAGAACUUUCUGCUUGUUUGUGUCUUCCGCCGUGGGCAUCUCUUGGUGCUAAAUGUUACAUGCUCGAUCGUUAAUAAUAAAAAGGCUUAAAUAAACCG